GUCCUCCACCUCCAACAGCAAUCAAGUUCCUCCAGCCAGACCAUCGGACAACGUCCACCAUGAGCAAAUCCUUCUCCUCCCAGUCCGCCCAGUCAGCCUCCUCCUACCGCCGCACCUUCGGCUCCGGUGUUGGAUCCACCCCAAGCAUGUCCUCCAUGUUCUCCCACGGUGGGCGCGGCUCCUCCGGCUCGGCCCACAUGUCCUCCAGAGUGUAUGAGAUGACCAAGACCUCCGCCCGCCCGAGCUACUCCUCCGGCGGCAUCCGUUCCUCCUCCGGAGGCGCGAUGCGCUCGUACGCCGGGAUGGGUGAGAAGCUGGACUUCAACCUGGCCGACGCCACGAACCGCGACUUCCUGGACACCAGAACCAAUGAGAAGGCAGAGCUGCAGCACCUGAACGACCGGUUCGCCAGCUACAUUGAGAAGGUCCGUUUCCUGGAGCAACAGAACGCUACUCUGGUGGUGGAGAUCGAGAGGCUGAGGGGCCGCGAGCCGACCCGCGUGGCCGAGAUGUACGAGGAGGAAAUGAGAGAGCUGAGGCGCCAGGUGGACGGCAUGUCCAAUGACCGAGCCCGCAUAGAGGUGGAGAGAGACAACUUGGCUGAUGACCUGCAGAAACUCAAACUCAGGUGAGAGGUCAGAGGUCAGGGGUCAAAACAUACAGCAAAUCAAAUCUAAGUUUAUUUGUCACAUGCACAGGAUACAGCAGGCAGGUUCAGUGAAAUGCUAACCUGCAAGCUCUUCCUCAACAACGCAGUGUUCAAUGAGAGAGACGUUAGUCAAAUCACUGGCUAAUACGCUCUUGAUUAAGAAAUCAAAUGGCAUGAGAGAAAAGCCACGUUAGUAAAAACUGAAGAGAGGAGGUUAUUAUAUUCAGGAGCCACUGUUGGAAGACAAUGGAAGUAGAUUUAAUUCAAACUGCAUAAAGUAGAAGUUGGUAAAAACCCAAAGAGAAUCCCUGAAACUACCUGUUAACUAUUACUACUGUAAAACAUUCUUCAUGAACUUGUUCACUUGAGAAGUUUGGGCCGUUUGAUUAUGGGCCCCGAAAUAUAUCAAUAUCGUGAUAUUCCAAUAACUGUACGUUUUCUGUCUGGAACUACUUGAGAUGUAUCAAUACACGACGGAACAGGUGUUGUCUGUUGUGCUGAGUGAAAGCCAUUCCUUAGAAUGUAGCCAAAGACUGAUAUGAUCAGAAUAUGUGUAUGUUUUUCUGCUGAAUGAAAACCAUUCCUUAGAAUAUAGGUUGAAUGGGGAGUAAUAUUGUCCGAGCAGUGAUUUGGUAUCCUCCAUCUUAGAGUGAGUAGGAAAACAACAGCCAUGUCGUGUCGGGUGACGCACAGUGACGGUGUCAGUUGACAUUGAAAUGAACCAAUGAAUACUUGAAGUUCUCUCCUGCUUUGAGAAAAUGCUUGAGAAUGAAUGCAGAAGAGAUUGAGAAAGAGAAUGUCAGAAAGAGGGUGCAGAAGACAGAAGAUAGAAGAGAGCAGUGUGAUUAUACAGUGGGGGAAAAAAGUAUUUAGUCAGCCACCAAUUGUGCAAGUUCUCCCACUUAAAAAGAUGAGAGAGGCCUGUAAUUUUCAUCAUAGGUACACGUCCAGAAAAUCACAUUGUAGGAUUUUUAAUGAAUUUAUUUGCAAAUUAUGGUGGAAAAUAAGUAUUUGGUCACCUACAAACAAGCAAGAUUUCUGGCUCUCACAGACCUGUAACUUCUUCUUUAAGAGGCUCCUCUGUCCUCCACUCGUUACCUGUAUUAAUGGCACCUGUUUGAACUUGUUAUCAGUAUAAAAGACACCUGUCCACAACCUCAAACAGUCACACUCCAAACUCCACUAUGGCCAAGACCAAAGAGCUGUCAAAGGACACCAGAAACAAAAUUGUAGACCUGCACCAGGCUGGGAAGACUGAAUCUUCAAUAGGUAAGCAGCUUGGUUUGAAGAAAUCAACUGUGGGAGCAAUUAUUAGGAAAUGGAAGACAUACAAGACCACUGAUAAUCUCCCUCGAUCUGGGGCUCCACGCAAGAUCUCACCCCGUGGGGUCAAAAUGAUCACAAGAACGGUGAGCAAAAAUCCCAGAACCACACGGGGGGACCUAGUGAAUGACCUGCAGAGAGCUGGGACCAAAGUAACAAAGCCUACCAUCAGUAACACACUACGCCGCCAGGGACUCAAAUCCUGCAGUGCCAGACGUGUCCCCCUGCUUAAGCCAGUACAUGUCCAGGCCCGUCUGAAGUUUGCUAGAGUGCAGAAGUUUGCUAGACCUGUCUCAAAGAGUCCCCAUAGUAGACAGACAGACAGACAGACAGACAGACAGACAGACAGACAGACAGACAGACAGACAGACAGACAGACAGACAGACAGACAGACAGACAGACAGACAGACAGACAGACAGACAGGCAGGCAGGCAGACAGGCAGACAGGCAGACAGACAGGCAGGCAGACAGGCAGACAGACAGACAGACAGACAGACAGACAGACAGACAGACAGACAGAGACAUGCAGAAAACAGAGACAUGCAGAAAGACAGACAGACAGACAGACAGACAGACAGACAGACAGACAGACAGACAGACAGACAGACAGACAGACAGAGAGAGACAGACAGAUAGACAGACCGAGACAGACAGACAGACCGAGACAGACAGACAGAUAGACAGACAGACAGCCAGAUAGACAGACAGACAGACAGACAGACAGACAGACAGACAGACAGACAGACAGACAGACAGACAGGCAGACAGGCAGACAGGCAGACAGGCAGACAGAGACAGCAGGCAGAGACAGGCAGACAGGCAGACAGGCAGACAGGCAGACAGAUCGUCUUUGUCCAACAGUUGCUCAGAGCCCUUUACGAAUCAGGAGUCCCAGAAUACCAUUCCCAUAUUAGACCACUAUUCUUAUCCAUCCCAAUUUACCCUGAGCGCCUGCCGUACCUCUCCUAAAUAUAACUAUUUAUCAGCAGGACUAUUGGAUGCUGUGUCUGACUCUGUGGAAUGCAAGGCCUCAUGAGAGUCUAUACACAAACUGUGGGAGCGUUCAACAAGUUUCAAGUUUUUAUUGUCACGUAAGACUAGUACAGUGAAAAGCCUUUCAGGCUCUUUCCCAACAAUGCAGUAAUCAAUAUCGGUAGUACGGUAGUAGGAAAAAUUAUGUAAAAAGCCAAGUAGAACACAAACACAGGAGAAAUAUAAAUAAAAAGAACAGUUAGUGGUUUGACUGUUGUUAACAGACGUUUCUAUGUAGAGGUACUGGAUCAGCAGUGUCAAAUCGUCUCUGGGUUUUUUUUCUCUCUGCACUGUAACAGCUGAUGGAAUCUAUCUCCUUCAAGGCCUGUGUGGGAGGAGUUUGGAUGCAGUGGGGAAUGAGAGAGAGUCAAAAUAGUGUGAAAGUGGAGGUUGGAAGGUUGAGGGUGGAAUACACAGCUGCUGUGUGAUACUGACCUCAGAUCAACUCAGGGUUGGUAUUCAUAGUGUAUUAGAGUAUUAUCUAGUAUCCUAGAUCAGUGCUCCUACCCUGAGACACAUACAGUUCCUGCUCUGUAGUAGAACACUGCCUCCAGCUUCUGUCAGCUAUACUUGCUCCCCUCUGUCUGUCUGCUCUGUAAAGGAGUUUAUCGCCGACGGCAACAUGAGACACACGGCGUGGUGGGAAUCAGUCGCCUCCCCUGUGAUCUAAACACAGAGUCCUGACAUGCCUUAAGCCUGCCAACCAUUACAUGUGCCAUUUAUCAGACACUUUGAUCCAGAGCAACUCACAGUCAUGCAUGCAUACAUUUAACGUGUGGGUGGUCCCGGGAAUCCAACCCACUAUCCUGCCGUUGCAAGCACCAUGCUCUGCCAACUGAGCUACAGAGGACCACAGAUAAGCAGAGUAUCGCCGUGGGCUAUAAUAGGAUACAUACCCACAGUGUCAGUGAUGUCUUUAUCAACAGUAAUGACACAGUGUAGGUGUCUUUAUCAACAGUAAUGACACAGUGUCUGCAUCUAAAGUAAUGACACAGUGUCGGUGACGUCUGUAUAAACAGAGCAUGGUCAGCUAUGUUUAGCCAUUCAGGAAGCAACCAGGACACAAAAAGGAUGUCAAAUGAUUUGUAGGGGUUAUAACCAUCUCUGUACCUCAUUGCCCUCUCUGCUUUUGUGUUUGACCCUUGACCUGCCUUAGAACAGCUGCAGGAGUCCACUGUAUGAAGAAUGUGUGUCUCUGGAGGAAGGGUCCAUUCCUCUGGUCACAGAGAGAGACUGUGCUUUAAAGAUAAAGUGAUAACGCACAUCAUUAACUCUCCCCUGAGAUACUUUGUGUUUGUCCAAAAUGGAGUUGCUUCCCAGCCUAUAUCUGCUGUGGAGUAUACUCGGUGUAGUCUGUUGGUUCAACAGUGUAAAGUCUGCUGUUCAAACAGUGUAAAGUCUGCUGGUUCAACAGUGUAAAGUCUGCUGUUCAAACAGUGUAAAGUCUGCUGUUCAAACAGUUUAAAGUCUGCUGGUUCAACAGUGUAAAGUCUGCAGUUCAAACAGUGUAAAGUCUGCUGGUUCAACAGUGUAAAGUGGGCUGGUUCAACAGUGUAAAGUCUGCUGUUCAAACAGUGUAAAGUCUGCUGUUACAAAUUGUUUGCAUAGUCAAUUUACACACAACACUGACACACACACUUACCCCAUCAGACACGCCACCAGGGGUCUUUUCACAGUCCCCAGAUCCAGAACAAAUUCAAGGAAACAUACAGUAUUAUACAGAGCCAUGAGUGCAUGGAACUCCCUUCCAUCUUAUAUAGCGCAAGUGAACAGCAAACCUGGUUUCGAAAAACAAAUAAAGCAACACCUCACGGCAUAACGCCUCUCCCCCAUGUGACCUUCUUGUUGUGUGUAUGUACUGAUUUGUAUGUGUAACUGAUAGAUGCACACACACAUUACAUGUUCAUGUUUUUAAAAUGUAUGUAAAUUGUAAAGUAUUUUGUCUGUAAUGUCCUUUUCAUUAUGUGUUGGACCCCAGUAAGACUAGCUGUCGGCUAAUGGAGAUCCUAAUAAAUCUAAUCAAAAUCACAACACCUACUUACAGGCUCAGACAGGGAGGAAAAUGUUGUCUCUGAAUCUGUUUAACAGUCCAAUUGAGCCUUUUCUUUAAUAUCUCCCUCCCUCCCUCCCUCGCUCCCUCCCUCUCUCCCACUCUCCCUCCCUCCCUCCCUCCCUCCCUCCCUCCCUCCCUCCCUCUCUCCCUCCUCCCUCCCUCCCUCCUCUCCCUCCCUCCCUCCCUCCCUCCCUCCCUCCCUCCCUCCCUCCCUCCCUCCCUCUCUCUCUCUCUCUCCCUCCCUCCCUCCCUCCCUCCCACUCUCUCUCCCUCCCUCCAGGCUGCAGGAGGAGAUCCACCAGAAGGAAGAGGCAGAGAACAACCUGUCUGCUUUCAGAGCUGUGAGUCACACUUUCCUUCUCCUUCUCUCUUUCUUUGGCAGCCUUCAGAAAUGUCUCUCUUCCCAUAAUGAUCAAUGAAAUACAUGCAGUCAAGUUAGAUCAACAAUAACAGUGCCGAGUGUGACACCAACAUGAACUGGGCGGCAGGUAGCUUAGUGGGUAAGAGCGUUGUGCCAGUAACCGAAAGGUCGCUGGUUCUAAUCCCCGAGCCGACUAUGUGAAAAAUCUGUCGAUGUGCCCUUAAGCAAGGCACUUAACCCUAAUUGCUCCUGUAAGUCGCUCUGGAUAAGAGCGUCUGCUAAAUGACUAAAAUGUAAAUGUAACUGAAACUGCAAUUCUUCCCCAGAGUAACUUCUGAGUCUCUCUCUCUCUCACUCACUCUCACACUCUCUCUCUCCCUCUGUCUCUCUCUCUCUCUCUCUCUCUCUCUCUCUCUCUCUCUCUCUCUCUCUCUCAGAAACGUAGACAUUAAACAUCCUCUACUAUAUCCACUGUUCUUGUUCUGUUUCUCUAGGAUGUGGACUCUGCCACUCUGGCCAGGCUGGACCUGGAGAGACGCAUUGAGAGCCUGCAGGAGGAGAUCACCUUCCUCAAGAAGAUUCAUGAGGAGGUCAGUAGUGUCCCAGGGCCUUUAUGUUUAACCCUUUUUUUCACCCUGCGAUAGAUUAGCGUCCUGUUCAGACUUGUACAUCAAGCCUCACGCUACAGAAACAGGAGAUAUAUGUGGUCCUCUGUAGCUCAGUUGGUAGAGCACGGCGCUUGUAACGCCAGGGUAGUGGGUUCGAUCCCCGGGACCACCCAUAUACAAAAAUGUAUGCACGCAUGACUGUAAGUCGCUUUGGAUAAAAGCGUCUGCUAAAUGGCAUAUUAUUAUUAUAUAAUUACCCAUAGGGCAGGAGCCUGUCUCAGACAAGGAUACUUACUUAUACCCUUUUAACACUACUGAGCCAAGCUGGGCCAAGCUGAACUGGGCUGGCUUGUUUACAUAUCUACCAUAGUUGCUGGAACCAUGCUACAAGGUCAACGUGAAAAGAAAAUAUACAAACCAGUACAGUGUGCUGCAGAAAAGAGUAUAAUCGUCUCCACAUCAGCCUAUGUCAGUUCCCGUGCAUUCUUUAUCGUCAGACGUUCCCCCAUUCGACCCUUCUAUACACCAAACCUGCAGCUGUUCUUUCUGCUUGACAUUUUCAUGGUGGGGAACAUAAUGUAAAUAUAAAGACUGCAUGUCGCUGACACAAACCCUUUGUGUCAGUAUUUACCCCUAAAUAUACAGUUAGCUCAAUAUAAACCCCUAAAUAUACAGUUAGCUCAAUAUAAACCCCUAAAUAUACAGUUAGCUCAAUAUAUACCCCUAAAUAUACAGUUAGCUCAAUAUAUACCCCUAAAUAUACAGUUAGCUCAAUAUAUAUCCCUAAAUAUACAGUUAGCUCAAUAUAUACCCCUAAAUAUACAGUUAGCUCAAUAUAUACCCCUAAAUAUACAGUUAGCUCAAUAUAUAUCCCUAAAUAUACAGUUAGCUCAAUAUAUACCCCUAAAUAUACAGUUAGCUCAAUAUAUAUCCCUAAAUAUACAGUUAGCUCAAUAUAUAUCCCUAAAUAUACAGUUAGCUGGAGUAUCAUAUAUGUGGCACUCACUGUUACUAUAGAACAACAUUGUAGGGCAAAUAUGACAUGCAUACUUACAGUAAACACACCACACCACACAACCAACUAUACACACCACACCACACAACCAACUAUACACACACCACACACAACCACAACACACAACACACCAACAACUAUAACACACCACAGAAACAACGAUACACAACCACACCACACAACCAACUAUACACACCACACCACAGAACCAACUAUACACACCACACCACACCACACCCACACCACAGAACCAACGAUACACACCACACCUACACAACCAACUAUACACACCACACCUACACAACCAACUAUACACACCACACCACAGAACCAACGAUACACACCACACCCACAACCCACACACACACCACACAACCACAACACCACACCACAGCACACCUACACCAACACCACUAUACCACCACACACAACCACACACACCACACACACCACACCACCACAACCAACAUACACACCACACCACCACCACACAACCACAACCACACACAAACCACACCAUCAAAACACACACACACACACAACGCACACCACACCAACACACACCAGCACUACAACCAACACACACCACACACCAACACACACCACCACACCAACGAUACCACACACACCCACACCAACACCACCCAACCCACACCACACAACACUACACACCCCACACCACACCACCUACAAACCAACACUACACACCCACACACCACACCACACCACAACCCCCAGACACAACCAAACGAGACACCACCGACACGCACACCCCACAACCAACGAGACACACACACCACACCACACAAACCAACUAUCAAACCACACACAGGAACCAAUGAUACACACCACACCACACCACACAACCAACUAUACACACCACACCACACCACACCACACAACCAACUAUACACACCCCACCACACAACCAACUAUACACACCACACCACAGAACCAAUGGUACACACCACACCACACAACCAACUAUACACACCACACCACACCACACCUACACAACCAACUUUACACCCACCACACCACACCACACAACCAACUAUACACACCACACCACACCACACCUACACAACCAACUAUACACACCACACCACACCACACCACACCACUAACCAUACAGCUCCACUGCGUACAGUGGAUGGGAAGAGGGACUUUUCUAGUUUCUUAAGCCAGAAGUCCUUUCAUGCUCUCUCUUCUUCCCCCUGACAUUUGACUUUAGAGAAAUGCUGGCAUGUAUCAGCUGGUUCGUGACAUGGAGGGCCCUCUGUAACGUUAUUCAACACAUGCACAGCUAAAAUUAAACUAUGAGAGAGACAGAGACCAUUGGUCCUGAAUAUGAAGGACAGAGAGAGAGAGAGCAUUGGUCCUGUAUAUGUAUUGUAGGAGCCAGGGUUCUUCCUGGUGGGGCGGCAUAGUCAGUGUAACUCUGGGCCGUAUGUAUAGUCAAUAAAUGAGGAAAGUGGAGGAAAAUAAUUGCUGUUAAUGCUAAAGGCUGAUAAUCUAAAUUAAAUCCUGUAUGUACCCCGACCCCUAACCUCUGAACUCUGACCUCUGAACUCUAUCCUCUGACCCCUGCAGGAGAUCCAUGAGCUGACGAGCCAGAUGCAGGAGACCUCAGUACAGGUCCAGAUGGACAUGACCAAACCAGACCUGACCGCUGCCCUCAGGGACAUCCGCAUGCAGUACGAGGGCAUCGCCGCCAAGAACAUCUCAGAGGCAGAGGAAUGGUACAAGUCCAAGGUAAACACCACCUAUAAUACACAGUGGUAUUAAAUAUGGUAAACACCACCUAUAAUACACAGUAGUAUUAUAUAUGGUAAACACCACCCAUAAUACACAGUGGUAUUAUAUAUGGUAAACACCACCCAUAAUACACAGUGGUAUUAUAUAUGGUAAACACCACCUAUAAUACACAGUGGUAUUAUAUAUGGUAAACACCACCUAUAAUACACAGUAGUAUUAUAUAUUCUGGUAGAGUACAGAGGACAGGUACAAGUCCAAGGUAAACACUAGAAAUAUGGGCGGGUAGUUAGAGAGGCUUGCUGCCAUCGGAUUGGUUGAGAUAAUUGGUUUAGGACAACACAGAAGGGGAUUGGAGACUAUUCCGUUUCAAUUCAGUGAAUUCAUGACGUUGAAAUUUGAAAUUAAAUUGACUGCAUUGCAAUGAAAUGAAAUCGACCCCAAGUCCCCAACCCUGGCAAAGAACAUGUGACUGCCAGUACUUGAAGUAAAGCAGGGCUAGAUAAGCUAAAGCUGGAUAUGAUAUGUGGACUGUGACAGUAGCUCAGCUGACUACAUCGGCACUACUAGACAGUGACAGUAGCAUCUAUUCUAACCCAUGUCUCCACCUCCUCUCCAGGUGUCAGACCUGAACCAGGCUGUGAACAAGAACAACGAUGCUCUGAGACAGGCCAAACAGGAGAGCAUGGAGUUCAGACACCAGAUCCAGUCCUACACCUGCGAGAUCGACUCUCUCAAGGGAACCGUGAGUACUCUAUUACUACAUCCUACUCUAUAUCCUCCUGGACUAUUACUACAUCCUACUCUAUAUCCUCCUGGACUAUUACUGCAUCCUACUCUAUAUCCUCCUGGACUAUUACUACAUCCUACUCUAUAUCCUCCUGGACUAUUACUACAUCCUACUCUACAUCCUCCUGGACUAUUACUACAUCCUACUCUAUAUCCUCCUGGACUAUUACUACAUCCUACUCUAUAUCCUCCUGGACUAUUACUACAUCCUACUCUAUAUCCUCCUGGACUAUUACUACAUCCUACUCUAUAUCCUCCUACACUAUUACUACAUCCUACUCUAUAUCCUCCUGGACUAUUACUACAUCCUACUCUAUAUCCUCCUGGACUAUUACUACAUCCUACUCUACAUCCUCCUGGACUAUUACUACAUCCUACUCUACAUCCUCCUGGACUAUUACUACAUCCUACUCUAUAUCCUCCUGGACUAUUACUACAUCCUAUUCUAUAUCCUCCUGGACUAUUACUACAUCCUACUCUAUAUCCUCCUGGACUAUUACUACAUCCUACUCUACAUCCUCCUGGACUAUUACUACAUCCUACUCUACAUCCUCCUGGACUAUUACUACAUCCUACUCUGUAUCUUCCUGGACUAUUACUACAUCCUACUAUAUAUAUUCCUACACUAUUACUACAUCCUACUCUACAUCCUCCUGGACUAUUACUACAUCCUACUCUGUAUCUUCCUGGACUAUUACUACAUCCUACUAUAUAUAUUCCUACACUAUUACUACAUCCUACUCUACAUCCUCCUGGACUAUUACUACAUCCUACUCUGUAUCUUCCUGGACUAUUACUACAUCCUACUAUAUAUAUUCCUACACUAUUACUACAUCCUACUCUACAUCCUCCUGGACUAUUACUACAUCCUACUCUGUAUCUUCCUGGACUAUUACUACAUCCUACUAUAUAUAUUCCUACACUAUUACUACAUCCUACUCUACAUCCUCCUGGACUAUUACUACAUCCUACUCUACCUCCUCCUGGACUAUUACUACAUCCUACUCUAUAUCCUCCUGGACUAUUACUACAUCCUACUCUAUAUCCUCCUGGACUAUUACUACAUCCUACUCUAUAUCCUCCUGGACUAUUACUACAUCCUACUCUAUAUCCUCCUGGACUAUUACUACAUCCUACUCUACAUCCUCCUGGACUAUUACUACAUCCUACUCUAUAUCCUCCUGGACUAUUACUACAUCCUACUCUAUAUCCUCCUGGACUAUUACUACAUCCUACUCUACAUCUUCCUGGACUAUUACUACAUCCUACUCUACAUCCUCCUGGAUUAUUACUACAUCCUACUCUAUAUCCUCCUGGACUAUUACUACAUCCUACUCUAUAUCCUCCUGGACUAUUACUACAUCCUACUCUACAUCCUCCUGUACUAUUACUACAUCCUACUCGAUAUCCUCCUGGACUAUUACUACAUCCUACUCUGUAUCCUCCUUGACUAUUACUACAUCCUACUCUAUUUCCUCCUGGACUAUUACUACAUCCUACUCUACAUCCUCCUGGACUAUUACUACAUCCUACUCUACAUCCUCCUGGACUAUUACUACAUCCUACUCUACAUCCUCCUGGACUAUUACUACAUCCUACUCUACAUCCUGCUACACUAUUACUACAUCCUACUCUACAUCCUCCUGGACUAUUACUACAUCCUACUCUACAUCCUCCUGGACUAUUACUACAUCCUACUCGAUAUCCUACUGGACUAUUACUACAUCCUACUCUACAUCCUGCUGGACUAUUACUACAUCCUACUCUACAUCCUCCUGGACUAUUACUACAUCCUACUCGAUAUCCUCCUGGACUAUUACUACAUCCUACUCUACAUCCUCCUGGACUAUUACUACAUCCUACUCGAUAUCCUCCUGGACUAUUACUACAUCCUACUCGAUAUCCUCCUGGACUAUUACUACAUCCUACUCUAUAUCCUCCUGGACUAUUACUACAUCCUACUCUACAUCCUGCUACACUAUUACUACAUCCUACUCUAUAUCCUCCUGGACUAUUACUUCAUCCUACUCUACAUCCUCCUGGACUAUUACUACAUCCUACUCUACAUCCUCCUGGACUAUUACUACAUCCUACUCUACAUCCUCCUGGACUAUUACUACAUCCUACUCUACAUCCUCCUGGACUAAGUGUACUCUUGUUUGCUUCCUUUCAUGGAUUUGACAGGAAAGGAUUGGUGUAGGAAAUAUGUUAGAAACUCCAUCUAGCCAUGGCUUACACCAAUCCAAUGCUUUUAAAUGUCUGCGGAGUAGUACAUACUUCAGGACAAUUCCCUAACCUAUCAUCACUUCUGGACAAUUCCCUAACCUAUCAUCACUUCAGGACAAUUCCCUAACCUAUCAUCACUUCAGGACAAUUCCCUAACCUAUCAUCACUUCUGGACAAUUCCCUAAUCUAUCAUCACUUUAAGCACCUCUCCACAGGCUCCCCUCUCAAUCUAACUAUGAUGCCUGUUUACCCACCUUACUGUUUAUGUAAUCACCCCUCUCUCUCUCCCCCCUACAGAACGAGUCUCUGCUGAGGCAGAUGAGGGAGAUGGAGGAUCGUCUGGGAAACGAGUCUGGAGGUUACCAGGACUCCAUCACCCGUCUGGAGGCUGAGAUCGCCAAGAUGAAGGAUGAUAUGGCUCGCCACCUCAGAGAGUACCAGGACCUGCUCAAUGUCAAGAUGGCCCUGGACAUAGAGAUCGCUACCUACAGGAAACUACUGGAGGGAGAGGAGAGCAGGUAGGAGAGAGGGAGGAGUAGGGAGAGGGAUAGAGGAGAGGGAGGGGAGGAGUAGGGGGAGGAGCAGGGGGAGGGAUAGAGAAGAGGGAGGGGAGGAGUAGGGGGAGGAGAAGGGGGAGGAGCAGGGGAGGGCUAGGGAAGAGGGAGGAGAGGAGUAGGGGAAGGGCAGGGGGAGGAGCAGGGGAGGGCUAGAGAAGAGGGAGGGGAGGUGUAGGGGGAGGAGCAGGAGGAGGGAUAGAGAAGAGGGAGGGGAGGAGUAGGGGGAGGAGCAGGGGAGGGCUAGAGAAGAGGAAGGGGAGGUGUAGGGGUAGGAGCAGGGGGAGGUAAGUGAGUGAGUAAGGUUAUCAUAAACUGGUCAUUUCACCUGUAAUUAACUGUUCUGUUGGUCUUCACUGUCUUCCCCAGAAUCACUGUAUCUGGCUCCCAGUCUUCCCACUCUGGCUCCCGCUCUAAUGCCUCAUUAUAUUCCACUGUUGGAUUCAGAGGUGACUACUGCAAACACACUUCCUCACAACUGUCAGCAAUGAGUACUAUGUGACACGUGUACAGGAAGUUAAAGUAAGGGGUCGUGACAGGAACCUGAGAGAAGCAUCACAACUUCACCACAAGGUGGAGUUGCCGUGCCAUGAAUUCAUGCAUUUCAGAUAUCGACAUCACUGAGACCACAAUCAAUUAAAUGAAAACAAUUGAGCAUGAUUGAAGUUGAUUGAUUGAUUGAUUGAUUGGGGGUAAUUCAACUGUGGCUUUUUGGGUUAGGUUGAGGCAGAACGAAUCAUACUCUGGGUUGGCGUUGAUGUUAGGUUGGUUUUGUGUUUCUGUUAGCUUGGUGUUGUGUUUCUGUUAGGUUGGUUUUGUGUUUCUGUUAGUAUAAGGUUGUCUUACCUCUGUCCGAUCCCAUCCACAGAGACCAGCCCAGACGCCGGGCGAUCAUCAGAGGUCCACUCCAAGAAGACUGUUCUGAUCAAGACCAUCGAGACCCGCGAUGGAGAGGUGAGAUAA